AUGACGGAUCUGUUGCGCGUGCUCCCGCACUUCCCUGUCGGGCAGUUCGCGAGGCUGAUUCCUGUGCUUGAGAAGCAUGCUAUCUCGACGAGCGACCUCUUGACCUUGGAGGCAGCUGAUAUCGGGAAGCGGACCCAUCUUCCACUGCUUGAUGUCAAGCGCUUGUGUGGUGCCGUGCUGGAUGCCCUCCAUGCAGAUCUCGGCGUUGCAAAUCCGGGUCCGGAAACACGUGUCCGGCAGCCGCCAGCCGAGUCCGGCGCUGAAGCGGGUCCCGAGCCGGAUAUCACGGGCCGGCCUGCUCCGGAACCAGAUGCACAACAUCCACCCGCUAGCGAACUGAGGAAUACGGCAGCCUCCCUCUCUGCACAAUGGCAGACUAUCAGCACGCUCGAUCCUGACUUGGACCGCGCCCUGGGCGGCGGUAUCCCGGCCGGUUACGUGACCGAGGUCACCGGCGAGUCCGGCGCCGGCAAGACCCAGUUCCUGCUCUCCCUCCUCCUCGCAGCCCAACUCCCGCCACCCCAUGGCCUCAGCCGCCCGGCGCUCUACAUCAGCACCGAGGCUCCGCUGUCAACCCGGCGUCUCGCCCAGAUGCUCACCGCUAACCCCCACUUCCAACGCUUACCCCCUUCGCAGCGGCCGUCCCUCGACAACAUCAUCAGCACCGUCACGCCCGACCUCGAAAGCCAAGACCACAUUUUGAACUUCCAAGUGCCCGUCGAAGUCGAACGGCGCGGCAUCGGCCUCAUCGUCCUCGACUCGGUAGCCGCCAACUACCGCGCCGACACAAGCACCAGCAUUCGCACCCCAACCCCAGGACUCCGCCAAACCCAAGAAUCCCCCCUCGCCACCCGCAGCCGGCCCCCUCCCCCAAACACCCACCACACCACCGACCUCCUCGAACCACCCUCCUCCAUCCCCCUCCCGUCCAGUCACCCCCAACAAACCCAACCACCACUACCAACCCCCUCCACAAACCCCCACUUCCCGCAACCCCAACCCCAACAAACCCCACCAACCCACCCCGCCCUCCUCCUCGACCACCAACAACGCUGGUUCACCGGCUGGGGCGACGAUCUCCUCGUCCAGCACGCGCUCAAGACCCCCGCGCUGGGGCUGGUGUGGACGACGCAGGUGGCGGCGCGCAUCGCGCUGUCGCGGCGGCCGGCCCCGCGUCGGCUGCGAGGUGUGGGGGUGUCGGGUUGGGAGCGGCGGAUGAAGGUUGUUUUUGCGGCGCAUGCGGGGGAGAGCGGGCCCGGGGUGAGCGGGGCGGUGGGGUUUGAGGUGUGGAUGGGCGGGUUGAGGGCUGUUGGAAGAGGAGGGGCUGUUGGGGCUGGUGGGGGAGGGAGUGGUGGUGAUGAGGUGGGUGGAGAGGGUGAGCGUGGGGGUGAGGGUGAAGGAGAAGGAGAAGGUGGUGAGGAGGGUGGGUAA